AUGGUCUCGGAAACCUUGGUCAGAACAGGCAAGGAUUACUUCAGAGAAAAAGUCUGCAAUGAAUACAAUGCAUUGGGAGAAACGAAUUUUCGCUCCAUAUCAAUCAUCAUAAACAGCAGGAAGUAUUCUAAUGCCACCUUUGAGCAAAUCAUCAGUCUCGUCAACGACAUACUAGACUUGGCCAAAAAAUGUUGUGGUGCAGGAGCUGAUCCAGACUGCUAUGAAAACGAGUCUACUGCUUUCUCUGAAAAAUCCUGCCGCCCAGAUGCUCCUUUCCCAAGACACCCAGGGAUAGCUGGAUGCUGCACUCAACACGGCCUUGACCGAAAGCUGUGCCUGGCAGCCUUGAAACACCCUCCUAAGGAGUUCCCGACCUAUGUGGAGCCAUCCAACGAGGAAAUAUGUGACGCCCUCAAGAAGGACCCUCAGGGAUUUGAAGAGAGGUUUUUGGUUGACUAUUCCAGUGACUACAGCUACGCUCCUCUGCCAAUCUUGCUGAACUCUACAAUAAGUUAUUUAUCCAUCAUUAGAACCUGCUGUGCCAGCAUACAAAGUAACAUCUGCUUCUUGAAAGAGAGGUUACGACACAAGCCUGUCCAAGCAUUUGCCCAUCUAUCAAACAAGGCCUGCGCCCUCGAUGCCUUGCUUGGGAAAAAUAAAACAAAAGUCAGCUACUUAAUAAAAUUCACCCAGCAAACUCCAAGCCUGUCCUUUGACAAUGCCAUAGCUCUCGCUGGAGAAGCAUCUGAUAUUCUUUCCAAAUGCUGUACUAGUUUGGAAGAACGUUGUUUCCAGAAUGAGCUCAAACUUCACAUCGCCCACAUCUGCAAUACUGCCUGCAGUAGGAACGAAAGACUCCAAAGUUGUUGCAGUUCUAAAGAUGACGUGAAAAAAUACUUGUGCAUUUACUUGCUCCCGUGGGAUAGGCCUUCCCAAGACCCUCAGGCUCCCAGUUCAGUUGACGAAGGCGUUUGCAGAAAAGAUGGCGAAGUAGACAUAUAUCGUAAUAUUUAUGACGUGGCCCGGAUAUACACCCGUGCUCCAGAGGCUCUUCUCAUUACCUUGUAUUCUGCCAGCCAAGCUGCCGCCGCCGCUUGCUGUGGCCUACCAGAUCCCAAAGCGUGUUUCACGGAGAAGGCUUCAAAAACAAUAGCCCCAUUGCACGCUUUGAUUGAAAAAGGAAAUGAGAUUUGUGGGGAAUAUACAGAUCAUACCCAUGUGGAAUUCCUCAAGAGGCUUAAAGCAAAUGCAUUAACCCUGUUUCCCCCUGGUACUUUGGAUGCUGAAAAUCAGGCCUCUGCUCUGGUGGAACAAAGGACUAGUUACGUAACCAAGUGCUGUCAUCUGAAUGCACCUCCAACGUAUUGUGGAAUACAGGUCAAAGACCCAGCCGCUACCAUUUGUUUCCUAGCGGACUGCAUAGAAAACGAAUCCUGAGGACAUUCUUUUUUAAAAAAAAAAAAUACUCAG